UCUGGCCUGAGAAAGCAGGUGAAAUUCAUUGUCAUCGCACAUGCAUAUGUACAUGCAUACAUACGUCAAUACUAAAUACGCUGUUUAUACAAUCAUUUGCAUGGACGCCAUUCACCUAAAGUUUUUGAUAGUACUCAGUUUUAGAAAUAUCAAUAAUUGCUUGAAAAACUUAUAAAAUAAAAUAGGUACAAAAAAUGGGAAGUGCACACAAAAAAGUGGGAUUGAGUGAAGUAAAUAAUUUUCAGCACCUUCCUCUGAUCUCUGUGCACCAGAAUGACCAAAAGAAUUGUUUAAAAGAAGCAAGUGCAGAAGAAAGUCCGGACCCCGUCUCGAGAAAUCGUGCUGAGUGGUCGAAUCCUGUGGAAUUUCUUUUCUCAUGCAUUGCCUUAUCUGUGGGCCUUGGCAAUGUGUGGCGGUUCCCAUUUACAGCCUACAAGAACGGAGGUGGUGCAUUCCUACUGCCAUAUUUUGUUGUGCUGUUUUUGAUUGGAAAGCCCUUGUAUUUUAUGGAGCUGUCGUGGGGACAGUUUUCCUCGUAUGGACAAGUGAAAGCUUGGGGUGCAGUUCCUCUGUUGAAAGGCGUAGGUUAUGGAGAAUUAAUUGCGAGCAUAUGCGGUGGUUCGUACUAUUGCGCUAUAAUGGCAAUUACUGUGUAUUAUUUGUUGCAAUCUUUUAAAUCUGUCCUCCCCUGGACUGUCUGUGCUGACGAGUGGCAAGAGUGCGGAGAAAACAUGACAGAAAGUAUUCCAGAGCUUUACUUAAAAAAGGAAGUUACAAUGGAGCUUGAAAACAUAGAAAAUGGAGUUGGUGUUCCAGAAUUGAAACUUGCAAUUUGUCUCUUUGUCGUCUGGACUCUGGUGUUUCUCACAGUUUUUAAAGGAAUCAAAAGCUCGGGAAAAGCCUCCUACUUUUUGGCUAUAUUUCCUUACUUUGUCUUAGUUAUUCUGUUGAUAAGAGGGUUAACGUUACCGGGUUCGUGGGAAGGUGUGUGGUACUUUAUUAAACCACAAUGGGACAAAAUAUUAGAGCCAAGGGUGUGGUAUGCAGCAAUUACCCAGUGUCUGUUCUCGCUCUCUACCGGAUUUGGUGCCACCAUAAUGAACGCUUCCUAUAAUUCUUUUACUCAUAAUAUCUACAGAGAUGCGUUUAUUAUCAACAUUUUGGACGUAUUUACGAGUCUCCUGGCCGGCUUGACAGUUUUUGCGACUUGUGGAAAUCUAGCUGUUGAACUGAACGUUGAAAUUUCUGAUGUGGUAAAAAGUGGACCUGGACUAGCAUUCAUUUCUUACCCUGACGCGAUCUCAAAAAUUAAAAUCGUGCCUCAAUUGCACGCAAUUCUAUUUUUUUCAAUGCUCCUUACACUGGGAAUUGGUACGGCAAUAUCGAUUGCUAAUGGGAUCAUUACAGUGAUUUGUGACGAGUUUCCUGGCUUAAAACGCCUUGUUGUCACAAGUAUCGUAUGUCUUGGCGGAUUUAGUGUCGGCCUGAUUUAUGUUACACCGGGUGGUCAGUUUUUGAUAACUCUUGUGGAUUAUUAUGGUGCCGGUUUUGUAAUUUUUGUGAUGUCAACACUGGAAAUUAUUGGGAUUGCUUGGAUAUAUGGAGUUGGUAACUUUUGUACGGAUCUGGAGUUUAUGCUGAAUAGAAAGAUUGGGUGGUUUUGGAAAAUUUGUUGGGCAUUUAUUAUCCCCGUUGCGUUCAUCACCAUUUUGCUGUACACUUUGCUAACCUCGACGACGCUGACUCAUGGUGGAGUCCCAUUUCCAACAAUUGCGUUAAUGUUUGGCAGGGGACUUGCGAUUUGUGCUGUGUCAAUUGUUCCUAUAUUUGCAAUUCAAGUGAUCUACAAAACUCCUGGCUCAAAUCUAUGGAAGAAAUUCACCAAUGCCAUCAAGCCUUCGUCGGACUGGGGCCCACGAAAUCGGAAAACACGAGACGACUGGCUAAAUUAUAAACUAAAUAAACAAACUCUGAAUCCUGCGAAAUGAUAAAGAGUCAAAUUUUAAGAAAUGGAACUUUCAUAUCUAAACUAAAGUUACUUGCACAUAAAACUGUCAUAACUAAUGACCCAAAGUCCAUUAUCUCUUUGACUUCAUACACGUUGGUUGAACUAUGAAUGAUUACUCAUGCUAUCAGACUUGACUUGAACGUAGAGAAUGGUGAAUAGUAAACAUAGGGACUGAAUUGGUUGUUCAAUGCGCCAUCACAUACAGAACACACAAUGAUGUUAUUUUUCCGUCCUGGAUAAUGCAAUAAAUAAGAUUAGGUUAUUAAGAUAAGCUGCAAUCCAGCCUCCACAAUCCACAGCCUUGUACGCACUCCAUUUAGUAUAUUAUACAUAUACAUAGAUUUUAUUCUGGUUCGAUUUUAUUCAGUUGAGCAUUCUUACAUAUUCUCCCGCAAGUUAAAACCAAAAAUAUUCAAAGUAUCAUAAAAAUGAGUGUUAAAGGACAUCACCGCAACUAUAGCACGCGAUCGUCCACAGUAAUUCGCGAUCAAAAUUUGCCUACCCAGAGGCAGUUGGACGGCUUAGAAAUAAGUAAUAUUACAGAUUUAACAAUUGCGUCAUAACUUACAAACUACCACACAUCGAGACGCAGGCCAGCAAAUAUCGAUGGCGAAAAGUUGGAAAAUCUUUGGGAUAUAUUUUCCCAUCUUUGCGAGUAAACUUUUCCGAAAGCAGCAUGUUUCGCAACUGCUUGUUCAAUCCGUCAGAUCGUUCAAUUGUACAUGAGCACCUGAAAAACCUGGAGACGCCAACAAUUCGAUUUAUUAACUGCAAAUUUCUGAGGAGAGACUGCCGUUUUUCUGAAGCUUUAGUGAGAUCUUGGAGGCGCUACAGAGGAGAAUUGGUCAAGUUCGUUGGAAAAAGAGGUUUUGCGGACGUAGAUGGCGAAAUAAUAAGACUGAAGGAUCUUCCCAAAACCAUUGAAUACAUUAUCGUCCAUGGGAAAGACGUUGUCGCAUAAUAUUUGCACAAAUUUUACAUUAAUAACAAACUCACAAACAUACGCAGCUCAAAAACAAUAGACGUGUAGCUAUAAUAUUAAUAUUAGUAUUAAAUAUAUGUAAGCAUCUCCUGAUUCUUUAUUUUACAAUUUUAUAUCAAAAUACUUACAAUUGUUAGCUAUGCAAUUGUUUCAUAGUUUAUAUGAAUUUUAGUUUUUAUGUUUUGAAAAACUGAGGAACAAUUAGUUUUAUGUGACCUUUGGACAAUAUAAAUACAAUUUUGAUAUAUGUUA